AUGGUUGUUUCUAUCCCAAAUGCUUGGUACUGGGCCAUCGUUACCAUGACUACGGUUGGGUAUGGUGACAUCUCGCCUGAAUCGGGAUUUGGACGCGUGAUUGCAUCGUUAUGUGCAGUUUCGGGUGUUCUACUUCUUUCUAUCACCUUACCAAUGUUUGUGAACAACUUUCUCACUUAUUACCAAUAUUCAUGUGUGAACGAGUCGAUUGAGAAAAGGAAGAAAGAAAAACAAACAGAAAUGUCAGUUAAGGAAAUGAAAGACGCUGAAAACGAGACGAAGGACAAUCACGAAUACAUUUCUGAUCUGACAGAUAUCGAUCGACCUCCAUCUUACGAGACUUUUUCGAAAUCUCGCGAGACAGUGAGAGUCAACGUGAAAGAAUCUAGCAAUAUGCAUUGUUUGUAG